AUGGCCCAGGAACGACCGACUGGACUCAAGGCCAAUAAGGGCAUCGAACUGCUCACCUGGGGAACCCCUAAUGGGUGGAAGGCUACCAUCAUCUUGGAGGAGCUCAAGGAGGCAUACGGCAAGGACUAUACCUGGCAAGGCAUCAACAUCGGCCAGAACAUCCAGAAGGAGUCGUGGUUCACCAAGCUCGGGCCCAAUGGCCGGAUCCCGGUCAUCGUUGACCACGACCAGGGCGGUUUCGCGGUGCAGGAGGGCCUCGCCAUUCUGGCCUACCUAACCCGCCACUACGACCCCGACCACAAGUUCAGUUUCACCGACCCGCUAGACAUCUCGCGCGCAGAACAAUGGAUGGCAUGGCAGCACGGUGGUCUGGGUCCAAUGCAGGGGCAGGCCAACCACUUCAACCGAUUCGCAAAGGAGCGUAUCCCGUACGGCAUGCAGCGCUACACGGGCGAAACAGAGCGCUUAGUCGGCAUUCUCGACAAUCACCUCAAGGGCACCGACUACCUCGUUGGGAACAAGUUCUCCAUUGCCGACAUCGCGAGCUUCGGCUGGGUUCAUAUGUUGCGCUUCUCCGGGGUCGACCUCGACUCCUUCCCCAACCUGAAGGCUUGGUGGGAGCGAAUUCUCGCGCGACCGGCCGUGCAGCGGGGACUCCUGAUCCCGUCCAAGAGCAGCUUCGGCAACGAUACAUAUUUAGAGAAGUUGAAGGAGGACAAGGAGUUUGCGGAGAAGGAGCAUGCGUUGAUGGAGAAGAUCAAGGCUGCGAAAGAGCAGUAUGGAUACAAGUAUGCUUCCCCUUAA